GAGCGCGGGGCGCGCGCACCUAUAAAUACGGACACCCAGGCCAGCCGCGGGAGAACGCGGGGGUAGGGAUCGCCCGCGACCGAGCGCCUGGGCGGCCAGCGGGCCGACAGCGAGCGAGCCGCACGCGUGGGCUGGGGCGGCGGCGUCCUCCGCCCGAUUAGUGAGGAGCCAGCAUGGCCCGCCCGCUGGGGGGCCGGUCCGCCGCGCACGCCGCCCGCGCCCCGUGCCCUGCCCAGCCCGGGUCGCCGGCGCUCGCGCCCGCGGCUUAGCACACGGGCGCCGCUCGCUUGUCCCGGCGUCGCGGAAAUAUCGCCGCAGACGGACACAAUGGCGGCGGCUGCCGCCACCCCCAGCACGGCCGCCUGCAGCAGCAGCAGCAGCAGCAGUGGCGGCGGCACCGACGCCGCGGGCACCAGCGGAUUGCAGCAGCCGCCGCCGCAGCCCCAGCCCGCCGCCGCCGCGCCGGCCCAGCCGCCGCCGCCGCCGGAGCCCCCCAGGAAGCCGCGCAUGGACCCGCGCCGCCGCCAGGCUGCUCUCUCCUUCCUCACCAACAUCUCGCUGGACGGACGGCCGCCGCUGCAGGACGAGGAGUGGGGCAGCAGCGAGGACAGCGGCGCGGCCAAGUCAGGCGCGAGCAGCGCCUGCGGCGCGAGGACUCGGCUCAGCCAGCUCGCCGCAGCGGAGCGGGGAGGCUGCAGCGCGCUCACGGCGGCACUGGCCGCGGGGUCGGGUUCCUGCAUCCCUCAGCCCUCACCGCUGCCGACCCUGGUCCCCGGUGGCCUCGGGGCGGCCCGGGUGCUCGCGAGCCCCCUGGGCGCGGGCCGGGCGUCGGGGGAGCAGCUGCAGUCGCUCCGGCAGGCGCCUUUCGCCGCCUGCGCUCAGCCGCAGCUGCCCGACGGGCAAGAAGAGUUGGAGGAGGACGAUGCCUUUACCAGCGAGCAGGUGCCGGCGGCUGCUUUCCCGGGCUCCGGCACCCCCGGGAGUGGAAGCGGCAGCCGGGGCCGCCUCAACUCGUUCACUCAGGGAAUCCUGCCCAUUGCCUUCUCCAGGCAGACCUCUCAGAACUACUGCUCCCUGGAGCACCCGGGCCAGGGGGGCAGCACCAGCGCCUUGGAGCAGCUGCAGAGGUCCCGACGUCGUCUCAUCUCCCAGAGAUCGUCCUUGGAGACCCUGGAGGACAUUGAAGAAAACGCCCCGCUACGGAGAUGUCGAACUCUCUCAGGUUCGCCCAGACCAAAGAACUUUAAGAAGAUUCAUUUUAUCAAGAACAUGAGGCAACACGAUACAAGGAAUGGCAGAAUAGUCCUUAUCAGUGGCAGAAGAUCCUUCUGUAGUAUAUUUUCAGUGCUGCCGUACCGUGACAGCGCCCAUGUCGGGGAUUUGAAGUUGGAUGGAGGGAGACAAUCAGCAGGUGCCGUGAGCUUGAAAGAGGUCAUUGGCCUUGAAGGUGUGGAGCUGGGAGCUGACGGGAAGACUGUUUCUUACACCCAAUUUCUGUUACCCACAAAUGCCUUUGGAGCCCGGAGAAAUACCAUCGACUCCACCUCCUCCUUCUCCCAGUUCCGUAACCUGAGCCACCGCAGCCUCUCCAUAGGACGGGCAAGCAGCAACCAGGGCAGCCUCGACACAGGCAGUGACCUGGGAGACUUUAUGGACUACGACCCAAAUCUCCUGGACGACCCCCAGUGGCCUUGCGGCAAGCACAAACGGGUUCUGAUCUUCCCUUCAUACAUGACCACAGUAAUCGACUACGUGAAGCCCUCAGACCUCAAGAAAGACAUGAAUGAGACCUUCAAGGAGAAGUUUCCUCACAUUAAGUUAACACUCAGCAAAAUAAGGAGUCUGAAGCGAGAGAUGCGGAAGCUUGCUCAGGAGGACUGUGGCCUGGAGGAGCCCACGGUGGCCAUGGCCUUUGUCUACUUCGAGAAGCUUGCCCUCAAGGGAAAGCUAAACAAACAGAACCGGAAGCUUUGUGCUGGAGCAUGUGUGCUAUUAGCAGCCAAAAUCGGAAGUGACCUCAAAAAGCAUGAAGUCAAACAUCUAAUUGAUAAACUGGAAGAGAAGUUCCGGCUGAAUAGACGAGAACUGAUUGCCUUUGAAUUCCCAGUGUUAGUGGCCUUGGAAUUUGCCCUUCAUUUGCCAGAGCACGAAGUCAUGCCCCAUUACAGACGGCUGGUCCAGAGUUCCUAGCACAGGCCCCCGAGGAGGGCCGGGGCCCGCUUCCUCUGAGCUCGGUGGAGCUGCACUCACUACGAGAAAUGCAAAAAUAGAACUGAACAGACCAAACUCUUUUCCUCACACUAUGUUUUUGUGUAGAAACGGCACCAGAAACUUUUCGGGGAGUCUUCAGUCUGGCUUGCAGAGGUGAUCUGUGAGCUGUUUACUGCUCGGCCAGGGGAGGGGAGAGACCCGUGCUGAAGACACAGAGGCCCUCUGGCUCUCCACUGGCAAGUUCCUAGCCGUCUGCACCCCAGCCUUCCUCCCGAGCACACACAAACCUUGCAAACGCAGUCUGCCACCUUCUCUCCAGACCAACUCCAACUCAGAGUAUGACAUUCCAGAGCAUAAAGAGGAAGACAAUUUUCGAAGUUGGGGGAAGCUUUUAAAAGAUGCCCUCACCGUGUCAAAAGAGCGUGCCAAUCCAUUUUUGUAUCAGCUGUUGAAGUGCACUUCCCCUGGGGACAUGUGGCUGAGCGAGUGUGGCAGUGCAUGCGUCUGAGGUGCCACGGCAGCUCUCGACCCCAGAGCCAGCGCACCCUCUCAGACCUGACCUCCGCCUGGGGUCUGGAGCCAGGCUGACCUUCGGCGGUCAUUUCUAGAUAAUCCGCAGAUAACGAUCACUCUCUCUGUCCCGGAUUAUCUGACAUCCCCUGCCCUUAGAAUAUGACAUUGUUUCUGUUACUUCUUCUACCCACGGGAUGAAAGUUCUCGGUGUUGGAUGGGUCUCACAAGAAGGCGUGGCACGUGGCGCUCUGUACCUUCCUGCCCUCACACUGUGUGCGUAUACUCAACCUUCGCACUUUCCCACUGUGGAGACCGCUGGGGUUGCACUCCGUGCUGUGUGUGUAUUCCUGUGCUCUACGUUAGAGUGCAUACUGAGCACAUUUGUUGUGCUCUAUAUAUAUUAAAAAGUUUUAUAAAAAUUGAGAAUAAGGGCAAGACACGUGGUUAGUGUUUUGAGGCUUUUGACAGCUAGGACCAACUGCAUCUUGAGCUGAGGUGGCGUCCACUGAAGAGGCAGUGACUCAUCACUACAUAUGCAGGUUAUUAUUAUUGCAGAACUUUAAUUGUGACUUGUACUGACUUGCUGGGACCACUUGUGCGUCACCACGCCAUCACUUUGUAUCCGCAAGAGAGAAGUGCCCACUGGGGUUCACUGGACUGAAGGAAGCCUGUGGCCAUGUAA